UUCUGCAGCACCGUACUGAAGCAGCCAAGAGAAUCAAGUUUCAUCAUGAAUUCGACCCCAGGAAAUGAAUCCCAAGUCAAACUCUGCACGAACGCCGUAUGUGUUUUCAUUUCAACAGCCAAUACGAUCAUCUGCAUCCUGGGCACCAUCGGCAACGGUUUGGUGAUCUGGAUCACGGGGUUUAAGAUAAAGAAAUCGGUGAACAGAAUUUGGUACCUCAGUCUGGCUGUGUCUGAUCUCCUGCUGUGUGCCACUCUAUCCUUAUUUGUCUUCUACUUUAUUAAGAAAGACUGGGUCCUUGGGGAUUUCAUGUGCAAGUUCAGGUCCUUCUUCUUGUUGCUCAACAUGUUCAGCAGCAUCUUCCUCCUCGUCAUCAUCAGCGUGGAUCGCUGCCUCGUCGUCAUGUUUCCUGUUUGGGUGAGAAACAAUCGUACUGUAAGAAAAGCCUUGGUAGUGGUGCUUCUAGCUUGGAUUAUUUCGGCAGCACUGAGCGUAUCAUAUUCCAGUUUCCGGGAUGUUAAAGAGAAUUCAUCAAAUCAAACCAAAAUCUGUUACUACAAUUAUAACAAGAAAGAACGUACAGCUGUAGUGGUGAGCAAGUUCAUCUUCGGAUUCGUGAUCCCGUUCCUGGUCAUCAUCGUCUGUUACGUCCUCAUCAUGCGAAAGCUGAAGAACAAACAGAUGGCGAAGAACACCAAACCCUUUAAGAUCAUGACGUUGCUGAUUGCUGUUUUUUUCGUCUGCUGGCUGCCGAUGCACAUCUUGUCCAUGAUGAAAAUAAAAUUACAGUAUCGUCAAUCCCCAUCGCCGGUCUUCAUCGGACAAAAAUUUGCCACCACCCUCGCCCACGCCAACAGCUUACUGAACCCGAUUCUUUACAUGCUCAUGGGCAAGAGUGUUAAGACCACAUAUUCAACACUUCUAUCCAAGCUGCUAAACGCUAUGGAGGAGGAGGACCAGAAGUCUGUCCAGGGAACACCUCUGAACUCGGGAACACUUGUUUCUUCUGAGUGAUUUAA